GGGCUGACGCUGCGACGCACACGGUGUGCUCGGUCGGUAGUAAACUCGAUUGUGUGCGCAUCAUCAUCAUCUCUGCUCCUCCAGCCUCAGCAUCUCUCUCCUCCAUCCAUCCACAUACAAGACCCUCCUGUCCUGUCCUGUCCUGAUUCCCAUCAUCUCCAGCCUUCAUAAUGACCUUCAGGCCGUUUAGUUGAAUGCUGUGUGCUUGUUUGUGUCCGCUGUGGCUGCGCGCAUCACUGCUGCUGCCGCGGAGAGAAGCGGAUACCUGCAUGUGCUGCAUUGGCUGCAUCACCGCAGAGCGCUCUGGGUGACAGCAUCCUCAUCCAUUUGGGUGUAUUAUUGUGCCUGUGACAGCAGCUACCAUGGCGAAAACAGUCCCAUCAUCCAGUGCAAUAACAGGUGAAAAGAUGGCACCACCGUCCAUCACUCUACUUCCUGAGAAGAGAUCUCCGACAAACGGUCACAGCUCUCCAGCCCGGACUGGAAAAACCACUCCAUCUAACACAGAGAAGAGGCCACAAAUAAAUGGACACGCGUCCCCUUCACACAUCAAUAACAACCAUGCAGGUAAACAAUUUGUGGAGGGUUAUAUGAAGACAGACGACAGGAUGCGAUUAGCCAAAGAGAGACGUGAGGAGAGGGAGAGAAGCCUGGUGGCCCGGGAGCAGCUGAUCAGGGAGAAGGAGCGCAGAGCUCGGCUGCAGUACGAACGCACAGUGGAGGAACGCUGGAGGCGGCUGGAGGAGCAGAGGCAGAAAGAGGAGCUCCGCAGAACUGCAGUGGAGGAAAAGAGGAGGCAGCAGCUCGAGGAGGACAGGGAGCGUCUGGAGGCCCUGAUGAAACGCUCUCUGGAGCGAAGCCUUCAGCUGGAGCAGAGGACCAAACGCUGGAACAGAGGCUGCCAUACAGGAGCAGAAACAUGGCGGUGCAACAUGGCGGACUCCGUGAAGAGGACCCGCUCCCUUUGUAGAUAUGAUUCUAACAUAAAGGAAACACAACAAUUCUUAGUUUCAGGUGACAGUGAGAAUGCCCUACUCCCUUUCUCUGCUGCCUCCGCCUUUUCCCAUGGCAUUGCCUCCCCCCUUCCUGCUGUCAGCGAAUCUGCGCCCUGCAGCCCUCACAGGUCACCUUUCCGCGGCUCACUGAACCCCGCGGAUCACAACAAAGCUGGACUUCAGGGAGGCUCUCAGUCCACUCCCAAUACCCCCAAGAAAGAGCGGCUGCGCAGAGAGAGAAGAACUGCAUCCCCAGGUUGUGGAUCCCCUGUGAGAAGAUCUGAAUCCCCUGCUAGUAUCACAAGGCACUUGGCUUCUCCAAAGACCUCCAAGCUGGCAUCUAAGAUGCGUGCCCAGUCUCCCAGCAAUGCACAUCAGUACCAUUACUCUCCUACAAGACAUCGUCCAAACCUGUCACCUGAUGAUAGGAGAGUGGAGGACAAGAAGGUGGAGAAAUACAGCGAACAAUCCAAAGCAGUGAAAAAGAGCACAGACAUCAGCAAUCCAUCGUCACAAGACGAGAAGAAUGUGGUCAACACUGACAUCACCAAAUCCAGAUCACCUAAGGGUGAAACCUUGGAUAAUCAUCUCAAAGAUGACACACCUGAAAAAAAUCAGUCCCCUGACAGAAAGGACAACAUGUCUCCCAAAGUGGAUUUCUCAGAGAAGAAGACGCAGAGCAACGCUCAGGAUGGAGACAAGAAAAAAGAAUCAGCAGCUUGUGCGUCCACAGGGAAGGUAGCAGCUGGCACAACAAAUGCAGAGGAGGCCACCAAGUUGCUGGCAGAGCGGAGGCGUCUGGCUCGAGCUCAGAAGGAACUGGAAGAGAAAAAGCGAGAACAAGAGGAAGAAGAGCGACUCAGGAAAGAGCAGCUAAGGAAGCAACUUGAACAGGAGCAGCGACAGCAGAAGGUGAAGGCUCAAGAAGUGAAGGAAAAGGGGAAACAUGAGGAAGAUCUUCACCAGCUGAAACAAGAAGAGGACAAACGGAAGAAGGAGGAGCAGGAGAGGGAGCUACAGACCCACAUGGACAAAGAGAAAGAAAAAGCCCAAGUCCAAGCUCAGGAGGACGCCGAGCGUCAGCGGCAAGACCGAGAACUGCAGAUGCAACAAGAAGAGGAGGAGAGGCAGCUAAGAAAAAAGAGAAUUGAGGAGAUCAUGAAGAGAACUAGGAAGGGUGAAGCUGACUUGAAGAAGGCGGAGCAGGUGGAGGCGAAACCAGGUGAAGUAAAGGCUAAAGCUCAGGUGAAAGAGCAAGCAAUCAAAAAGGUUGAGUUUCAGGUUAAAGAGCAGGUCAGAGACCAGGUCAACAUGAAGGAAAAUGCCCCGGUGAAGAAAGAAGCAACAGCAGCAGCACAGAUGGACAAUCAAUUGCAAGUCAAAAACAACACUCAUCAAGUGACACCAACACACAGUGUUCCCGACAAGAGACCGGACACCAAACAAACCAGUGAAGGGCCCGGCGGCCAACUUAACAGAGAGGGCAAAGACUGCGUUCUCAAGCAACAGGGAAGAGAGGUGGAGACGAAUGUGAACAAACAACACAGAGCACAUGUUAAAGCCGCAGACCAACCAAAUAAAGAGGCGACAGCAGACGCCAAAGUCAACCAAAGGGAGGGUGCUAUGAUGAACGGAGCAGUGAAGGGAGAAGGAAGUGCCUUGAAGAGAACUGCUGAGGUAAGCAAACAGCAGAGCCUGCAUGUGCCGACAGCUGCUAGAGGAGGGUCCCAGAUGAAGGUCAUUAGACCGUCUGUGGCGACCCUGCCGGUGGGACACCUGGCACCGCCCAUCAUCAAGCUGGAGCCACUAGAUGUGAAGGGCACGGGGUCAUGUGAUGAGGUGCAGUCCAUGGACGUCAGCCCGGCUUCGAGGGAGGAACUGAUAUCUAUCCCAGAGUUCUCGCCAGUCAACGAAAUCCAGCUCAGCGGGUUGAGUAACACCCGUGCUCUCGAAGACCUGAUUGACCUGACUGGCGGCGUCAACUACCCUAAACUGUCCUCUGAAGGCGAUAUAGGCGACUGCAACAAGAACCUGAUUGAGGGUGUUGUCAGUCCCAUGUCGGACUCGAAGCUCAUUGGGAUGCCGCCUCCGUCCUCAAAUAAGCUUAGCAUCCAGUAGUCCGUUAAUAAUCUCUCUUUCUCUUCCUCUCUCGCUUGCCUUCUCUCUCUCUGUCCCACACAUACUCUCGCAGGAUGUCACAUGUUGAGUGUGUGCCCCCGCGUCACUACAUUUAUGGGAAUAGAGCCAUAGAGAUUGACUUGCAAUAUAAAGAAAACAUACAGUAUAUUCAAUAUUCUAAUCACAUAACUGACCAUUGAAAGUAUGUGUGUUGUUAUGAGGACAAGUGUGUGUGUGCGAGAUGAGCACAUGUGAAAGAGGGUCAGGAAGAGAAGGUGUGUCUUGCUGUGUAAAAUAAUCAGGGUUUUCAAUAUCAUGGACAUUUAGAAAACAUGCUAUUGCUAAUGUAUGAUAAGACUUCCCCCUGCACAAAUUCCCCACUGGGUCCCAGUUCAGUCCCAGUACAGGAGUAACAAAGCCUGCUCAGAGCACUGAUGCCUGCAUUUGCACCUCUGCCUUUCCACGUGCCCUCCCAAGCUUUUAAAUCUAAUUCAGUGUGUUGUUGCUGGGAAAGGCAUGAAUAUUUCAUUUUCAUGAUCAUUUUUAAUACUUCAAAAAUGUUCUUACCAGGUAAUGUUAUUCAUGCAUGACGUGUUGACGAUUGAUUUGGCUGGAAUUUAUGAGGGGUGGAAGUAACAAAAAUUAAUUGAUAAAAAUGGAGGUGAUGAAAAUGCAUGUGAAUUGAAAAAUGGAGCUAUAAAAAAUGGAUGUGAAAUGAAAAAUGGAGUGAUAAAUUAUCAAGUGAUUCGAUUAAUUUAAAGCUGAUUUGACUAAAACAGUUUCUGAUAUGAUGAAAACAGAGCCAGGUUUCAUCAUUUUCCCCGAAUGAAUGGUCGACAGUUGAUUAUCAGAGCAACACUUUCAAAUACAAUGUCAAUCAAGUUUAUCAAAUCAAUUAACAAAUUAUCACUCUAUUUUUUUCAAUUCACAUACAUUUUCACCACUUCCCUUUUCCUCAAUUAUUUUUUGUUACUCCCACCCUUGAGGUCACCUUCCUUAAAUGAUAAAUGGCAAUUUAGUGUUGUGAAUGAUGAAUGUGAGAUGGUGAAAAUGAUGAAACAUGGCUCUGUUGUAAUCAUAUCCCGACUGUAUUAGUCAAAUCAGCUUUAAAUUAAUCAAAUCACUCAAUAAUUUAUCACUCCAUUUUUCAAUUCAAAUGCAUUUUCAUCACCUCCAUUUUUAUCAAUUGAUUUAUGUUACUUUCAGCCCUCAUAGGAAUUUAAUGGAUUUAUCCGGCAAACUAAACUCCAGCAGCAGGACUCCUUCACUCUUCCUAACCUAGCGAUGUCUGACCACUGGAUUGUUAUGAGAUGAUUCCCUUUAUCCUUUUUUCAAUCUUUAACUUUCUAACUGCACGUGAGUGAGAAGGAUGAUUCCAAAGCUGUCAACUUGAAUGUUCACACAUUGAGAAAAUCAUGACAUCAACACAACUGAUGGCACACACCUACAGUAUAUACUACAGGAUUGUUGUAGUCUAGAGUGAACCGCUAACUCGGAUUCUAUUGCGAAUAAUAAACAGUAAUUGCAUCCAUAAAAGCUUCUCUAACUGGCAUUUUUCAGUGACAAGGCACAGCACUAAUGGAUGCAUUCAUCUAUUAGACAUAUACAGGUAUGAGUCCAAUCAAUAGAUAUCUGGCUGUAAGACUGAAGUGCACCGGGCCAGAAAUGUUUGCCUAACAAUCAACUUUCCCUGUAGCUAUAAAGAUGUUGUUAAAGUUAUUCUCCUCCCAUCAUGUUGUACUGUUUGGUCCUGUGUGUAGGAAUUAUCCAGUGGGCUCUUUUAACUUCCUGAGCAAUUCAUAACUAAUGAUUGCAUUUUUUCAUUUUCUGUGUGUAAUAUAAUUUCAGUAGAGAUGCCUUAUGGGGGACUGAUUAGUUACUCAAUUCUUCUGGCUGUGUAUUCUUUCUGUUUGGCCACUGGGAUUGUUGUGUGUGACCUGUAAUACUUGAACCUUUAUUUGAAACUCUUCAUCUCCGCCAUGCUGCAAGAAAAGCUAUUAUUCCAACAGUUUAUACACAUUAUUAUGUUACUUACAAAGUGGUAUUUAGAUUUGUGUACUUUGGACAAUACAUAGCCUGGAAAGACAGAAACUUUUUUUUAAAUUGUCUUAAGUGGCCAUAACUGUGUGUUACAUACAGUAUUUGAGAGUUGCUGUAUAUUUUGAAUAUUCAAACAUUGCUGUUCCACAUUGACCUUUUUGAAAAGGGGACUGAUUUGAAGGAAAAGCAAAUGAGUAUAAAGAAAUGAUACACUAUGUACAACCAUUUCAAAAAGUAUUCAAGUUUGCUUAGACCCAUAAUUUAAACCACAGUAUCACAGUCAGCUCAACUCUUUCAGUUAUGUAAUUACUGUAGACAUUGCGCAUGGUUAGCAUGGUCAUAACAAUGUUAUCUGAAACAAUAAAACUUAAAAUUAAA